GAGAAGUAUCACAAACCACACCUUCAUCAUCCUCACCCACCACCCUCGGUACCAACACAAUCGCAAUGGCCGCCAAGCUGCUUCGGCGGCUGCUCAGCCUCUCUAUUUUCCUCUUGAUCCUUGGAUCUUUCUUUUUCUGCUUCACCCUCGCAGAUCAGAUCGUCCCUCGUGCUGACUCCCCUCACGUCCCUGUCACCACUCACUUGCCUAGCUUCCAUGGAUACCCUUUCCCAAAAUCUAGGCACGGUUCAGACGUCAAACAAAAAACCCCGCCUUUCCCGAUUAACCAGAUUGUGCUCUACGUCUGCGGCGUCAUCUUCGUGACCAGCGGGAUAGUCCUACGUUUUGUCUCCUACAGAGGCGACCAAGAGGACGACGUCGAGGUACUCAGGUCACGUAAGAUUGGCGACUGGGCUGUCUGCAUCGCCUUUGUGUUGUAUCUCACCGUGACCGGCCUCCAGUUCUUCCUCCUCACGGAAGGGUAUAAACUGGCGGACCGCAUCGAUCCGGUGUAUGGUGCGCACUUUGGCGUGAGUGUGGACGUGCGCGUGCGGAAAGGGAAGAUCUUGUAUGUGUCAAGGAUCCUCUACUCCGUGGUCGUCUACGCCACCAAGAUUCCCUACCUGGCGCACUACUCAUCGGUGCGCCAUGUGAGUAAUCCGCGCUACAACUACUUGCUCCGGGUCCUGGGGGUCGCGACCCUGGUCGGCUUUUUCGUCGCCAUUUUCACAUCUAUGUUCACCUGUGGUCGUCCGAGCAACAGCUGGGCUCUGGGACGCUACGAGAUGUGCAAUCCGUUCUUGAAUAUAUGGAUACUGAUGGCCAACUCAAUCCUCAACCUCUCCACGCAGACGCUGAUCCUCCUCUAUCCUCUCCAAACGGCGGUAGAUAUGCAAAGCAGCAGCAUCCUGCUCCGGACCAAAGCUCUCUUCAUCUUCUUCCUCUACGGGAUGUGGCCAUUGGUCACCGGAUACGUGCGCGUGUUCAUAAUCCUUUUCUACAUCGAUGUCAAUACCGGCGCCCCGCUCACCUCUCCCACCUCCCUCACCGCUAUGGCCACGGAGUCCGACAUGGCCGCGCUGAUCGUCACCGCUUCGAUUCCGCAGUACCGCAUACUUUGGAGGAAGGUUACGACCGCGGACGGCAUAUUGACCAUCUGGUGGUAUUGGUGUUUCUCAAUCGACCGUAGGUGGAGGAAGGUGCUGCUGUGCGGCCAGCAGCCGACGAGACGGAUUCAUCCGCCCUGGAUUCGCAAGAAGAAGGCAAAGAAGAAUCUCCGGCCGGGUGCGUUCAAUCUGGAUCUCGGAAGCUUCGAGUUCAACUAUCCAGCCGGUACCGUGCGUGGAAGUGUCGAAAAUGUUGCUGCAACUGCUACCGCUACCGGUUCUUCGGACGUCGCCGCUGCUCCUGCCGCUUCUGCUGCUGCUGCUGCUUUUGCUUCUCCCAUGACCACCAGUGAAAGUGGCGCGGCCUGGAGCCAGCCCGCUGAGGCGUUCGAGUUGUCUGAUUUGGGCACGGGCGUUGAUGCCACCGGCGGCAACUAUGGCACCAGAAACAGGAGCAGCUACAGCAAUGCUACUGGCGGCUUACACCACAGGAACCGUAGCAUCGCCGGGAGUUCCACGAUAACAAGAACAACGGCAGAAACUAGCGCCGGAACCAUUUCGGCUCCCUUUCUCCGGUAGUUGUGGUGUGCCUGGUGUUUUGUUUGGCCCACCGGCUCGGAGAUGGCUAGACGGAGGAGCCGAUGCCGCUGCUGGUGGGAUGGAGGUGGACAUUAGAUAGGCAGAAUUACAUUUUCACUCUUAAAAGCAUACGGACAUCCAUAGAAGAAGAUAUAUGGUGGGAAAAUCGGAGGAGCAGGUUAACUUUCUUUGCAUCAAUACUACGUUGCGCACAUAGCUCCAAGAUCAUACUAG